AUGAACGAAGAAAACAAUACCUCUGAAUCGCAUACCGAUGUACUCAUCGUCGGCGCCGGUCCCUCCGGACUGAUGACAGCCUACUGGAUGGCUCGCUGCGGCGUGCGAGCACGUAUCAUCGACAAGCGUGGGACCAAAGUGAUGAACGGCCACGCGGACGGAUUGCGCAUGCGUACCCUGGAGCUGUUUGACAGCAUGGGCAUCCAGCAUCGCGUUUCGCAUGAGGGCUUCGUGACGGCUUAUGCCGCAUUCUGGGCCCCUGGUGAGGAUGGGAUUCCGAUCCGACAAAAUACUUAUACCAGCGCCAAGAUCAACGAGUCACCGCUCAACAACAUGCUUUUGAGUCAAGGCCGCAUCGAGCAGUUUAUUCUGGAUAGUAUCCAGGAGCACUCGGACAUUCAGGUCGAACGCGGGGUGAUUGCCGAAUCCUUGGAGUACGAUGAGCAGCAGGACGGCAACCUUGAGGCAUACCCCAUCACCGUCAAGCUCCGAACUCUCAGUGACGAAGAGGCGAGCUUGGCAACUGACCCCGAAAACAAGUCCAAGUCUCAGGUAGCACGCAAUGGAUUGUAUCGAAGCAAUCUAACCGCGGACGACUGGGACGACUUGAUCCACCGGAGCAAGGCCCGACAAGCAAAGACCGAGAUUGUCAAAGCCAAGUACCUCAUCGGGUGUGAUGGAGCGCACAGCUGGACAAGAAAGCAGCUGAACAUUCCAUUGGAAGGGUCCAGUACGGAUCAUAUUUGGGGAGUGAUCGAUAUCAUUCCCAUUACCAACUUCCCUGAUAUCCGCCGUCUCGGCACGGUUACAAACGCAUCGGGAACUAUCCUGGUCAUCCCGCGCGAGCGAAACCUAGUUCGUCUCUACGUGCCCGUGCAGGUCGUCGAAGCCGGCACAACCCGCCGAUUCGACCGCUCAACGAUCACGCCAGAGAUGAUCCGGACACGCGUGCGAGAAAUCCUGACCCCUUACACAUUCGACUUCCAGAUCUGUGACUGGUGGACCGCAUACCAGGUCGGACAGCGCAUUGCACCCACUUUCACCAAGGGCAACCGGAUCUUCCUCGCCGGCGACGCCGUGCACACGCAUUCGCCCAAGGUGGGACUGGGAAUGAACAUGAGCAUGCAAGACAGCUUCAACGUUGGCUGGAAAGUUGCUCUGGUCGCUGCGGGCGUGGCACAUCCCUCGAUUCUGAGCACAUACCACCCGGAAAGGCACCGGCUCGCUGAAAUGCUGCUUGACUAUGACCGCCACUGGUCCCCGCUAUUCACGGAGAUGAAAUCCGAAGCGGCAGAAUCCCCAGAUAAAACGCAGACUAUGAUCAAAGUCACCGAGCUUUUCGAGGAUUUUGCCGACGGUCUCAAGGCGUUCUAUGGUGCUAGCUCACUCGUCUGGAAACCCGAGGGCGGCGAGGAAGUACCGGCCGUUGCCCGUUGCUUAAUCCCCGGGGAACGGUUUCCGCCAGCCAAGCUGCGCAACCAGGCAGAGGGCGGGACGCAUUGGACGAUGCGGUUAAUGAAAAGCGAUGGACGGUUCCGGGUUGUUAUUUUGGCGGGAGACAUGCGCAAGUAUGAGCAGAAGCAGCGUGUCCAUACACUCGGCCAUUUGCUUGCUGGCCAUGGUGCGGUGAAUGGUUCUCUCAUGCGCCGCUAUGCCCCGAUCCCUGGACGGUUUGACAGUCCCCUUGACUUGAUGACGAUCCACAGCGCCCCUUGGGCACAGGCAGAGUUCUUUGACUUCCCGGAUAUUCUGCGUCCUCUGGAUCCCGUCAUGGGUUGGGCGUAUGGGAAGAUCUGGUGCGAUGAUGCGCCUGGCUGGGACCGGUAUUGUGACGGGAGGGCGUACGAGACUUGGGGAGUCGAUCGAACGCGCGGUGCCCUGGUGGUGAUUCGUCCGGAUCAAUACAUCGGAUGGGUGGGAGAACUGGAGAAUGUAGACCAGAUGGUGCGUUACUUGGACGGUGUGCUUGUCAGAGCAGGAAAUGCUCGGCCCAAACUGUAG